CCACACUGACACAAACACACCCACAAAAUCCCUUUAAUUCAAAAGUUCAUAUUUAAAAUCAAUUUUUUUUCCUCCCUCAACCUCCCCUCCUUGUCUUUUUCUCUUUUCUUUUCCUCCUCUGCAUUGUCCUGUCAAAACCCUAUAUUUCAUUUCAUAUCUAGGGUUUUUAUUUUCCUGGCGUGUUGAGUCAUGAUCCAGGACCCGCCAGCUUGUUGGGUAUGAGUUCUUGUAGCUCUGUGAGCAUUUGAUUUUCCUACAUUUUUUCUUCACAAGUUCGGCUUCUGGUUUCUGGGGUGUAACUGUUUCAACUUAUACCAUCACUUUCUUUCUGUUUUCUGAGAGUAAAGAUCGAAAAUUGCUCGGCGCUUACACUUACCCCAUUUCAAGAAAAACCCUUGUAAAACUCAUUUGGAAAAAAAUUAGAAUCUACAAUUGGUUCUAAUUUGAAGAUUUAGGGUUGGUUGGGUUCUGUUUCCCUUUCUUAUUUUUCGUUCCUCUUUUAAGGCAAAGCUCUAAAAUUUAUGUUGUUUUUAUAACCUUUUCACCAUUCGGAGAAAAACCCUCGUAAAGUCCCCUGCUUUGAGACAUCUAUUUAUGCGUUUAUUCCGGGUUGUAAUUUAGGAAUCUCAAGUUUAUUUAAGGGUUUCAGAUUUAAAGGGGUUUAAAGCCACAAUCUUUAGUCAGCAAAAUAUAAGCGUGUUUAACGCACCAAUCAGUAAAUGCAUGGAUGGGAGAGAAGCCAUGGCCUUGUCUAGUGGGUCAGCUUCUUAUUACAUACAUAGAGGUGGAGUUGGUGGCGUGUCUGAAACGCAGUCUGGAGUGUUACAAGCACCACCUGGGUUCAGAGCCGUGUUGAAUCAGGGUAUUCCAGCUCAGUCCAACGUCCGGGGCAGCUCGGUUGGACAGGCAUUUUCAGUGGAGCGGCCACAUGCCAAUUUCACUCAUGGCAUUAGCAUAGGAGUCUCUCCUGGAGUUCAUUCAGGUGAGCCUGUAAAGAAGAAAAGAGGGAGGCCCAGGAAAUACGGUCCUGAUGGUUCAGUCUCUCUGCGACUGUCUUCUAUGUCUGCUUCUCCUAAUACACCAGGUUCAAACUCGCUGACCCAGAAGCGGGCUAGGGGGCGGCCACCUGGGAGUGGGAGAAAGCAGCAACUAGCCACUCUUGGUGAAUGGAUGAACAGUUCAGCUGGAGUGGCUUUUGCACCACAUGUUAUCACCAUUGGUGUUGGGGAGGACAUUGUUGCAAAAAUAUUAUCAUUUUCACAACAGAGGCCGAGGGCUGUGUGCAUCUUGUCAGGCAGUGGUGCAGUUUCUUCAGUAACGCUACGUCAACCUGCAUCCACUGGUGUCAGUGUCAGAUAUGAGGGCCAUUUCCAGAUACUAUGCUUGUCUGGUUCUUACUUGGUUGCUGAAGAUGGUGGCCCACGCAAUCGGACAGGUGGUAUAAGUGUUUCCAUUUCCAGUCCUGAUGGUCUUGUUAUUGGUGGUGCCGUUGCAAUGCUUAUUGCAGCAACCCCAGUUCAGGUGGUAGUGUGCAGUUUUGUGUAUGGUGAUUCUAAGACCAAGACCAAACAAGUGGCUGAUCCCAAUCAGGGCUCGGAGGCUCAGCGCCGCGAUAAGUUAGCCACACCAACUAGUGCCCUGCCUACUCAAAAUUAUGCUCCCUCUGCGACAGGCAUGUGGCCCAGUUCUCGCCCAGUUGAAAUGCGAAACCAGCAUACUGGUAUUGACUUGACGCGUGGAUGAACAUUUGUUGCAACAGACACAUGGCAAAUUUUGUAUAUAUGUGUUGUUGUACAUGAACUGAAUCUGAGAGAAUAUGUAAAACUUGUUUGCCGGACUGUAGGGUGACGGGUUUGUGCUAACAUGUUCUGUAACAAAGGCAUCAUUUCAAGAUUCUCAGGAAGCAAUCUUACUGAUAAAUUGAUUAUA